AUGGCCGGAUAUCUCUUGCUUGUGAUUCCAAGCAUCCUCAUCAGCUUGCUAGCUUCUAGAGCACCAUUCAUGAUGACCACGACACCGCAAACCACCAAGCCUUGGGCCGACGGGCCCAUGAAGCUCAUCACCACGCCGCAAUAUGCAACCAAAAAGACCGACCUCUUCACGCUGGGCUCAACGCACAUGGCCCUGCUGCACAACUCGAUCCUGCGAGGUUACAACUCCAUUUACCAACAAGCGCCCUACAUUCAGGAAGCAGACAAGGCAGACUUUAUCGGAUACUCCCAGACCUGGUUCAAAUUUGUCAAGUCGCACCACGAUGACGAGGAGGAGUCGCUCUUCACCAAGGUCGAGGACCUUUUGGAGGACAAGAAUGUCUUUGCCGAGACGCAUAAGGAGCAUGAAUCAUUCCUGGGCGGCCUCGCCGAGUUCAACAAGUACCUUACCUCCCUCUCCUCGCCGGCCGACUUCUCUGGCGACAAGCUCCUCGAAAUCAUGAAGAGCUUCCAAGAACCAUUCGAGAACCACUUCCAUAGCGAGAUCACCACUAUCGCCGGCAUGGCGGAGCACCCGAACGCGCCCAAGGAGGGAACGCCGGAGGCGGCCAACGCAAGUCUGACGUUCAAGACGUGGGGCAAGAGCACCGUCACCAAGGCGGGCAUGGCGGACGUAGUGCCGUUCUUCCUGCUGAACCUGGACCGGACAACGGAAGACGGGUUGUGGGCGAACUGGCCGCCCAUGCCGGCGCCGAUCAAGUGGGGAUUGAUCAAUAUCGCUGGUGCUUGGCACUGGGGGUGGUGGAAGUUCGCCAGCUGCGACGCGGCAGGCCAGCCGAGGGAGUUGUACGCGCUCGAGUCCAAGACGGAGGACAAGACCAAGGCUGAACUGUAA